AUGGGUAGUUUUGGUAAAGUGAAAGUGUGUUUCCCUUCCCCUCCGUUAGAUUUUGAAAUUCAGAUCUCUGCAAAGUCAGAAACAGAGAGUGAGGCUAUUAUGAACCGAUCGUUGUCGUCAAAGGCGGCGAAGAAGCCGUCUCCGGCGCCGGCGAAGAAGAACAAAAAAGAGCAGAGCCUUCGAAACCCGUUGCAGGAUCUCAAUGUCAUUAGUACUAGCAACCAUGGGAGCGAGGCAUCUUCUUCUUCAAUGUCCAUCGAAGCCCCACGAGGUUGCCUCAGGUUCUUUCUCUCUCACUCCUCUUCCUCUAAUUUAAAAACCCCUAUACGCACACGCACCAGCACCAGGCCUAAAACUCUCUCCAAAACCCCUAAAUCAGCUCCUCUUGUGAGGCCUCCUAAGGACAACCCCUCCAAUUCCAAAUGCAAUGUUUCCAAACACAACCCACAGAAAUCAAAAUUCAAGACUAGUUCUUCUUGCUUGUAUCACUGGCAGCCUGGGAACCUACCUAGUUGUAGGAAUGGGCUCAAGUUGAAAGCUUGUCCAGCUUUGAACUCGAAAGGCAAAUCCUUUGAACAAAGGGUAGUUAAUGAUGAUGAUGUAGGUCAACCCAAUGAGCUUAAGUCAGGUUCUAGUGAUGAUGCAACUUUUACUCCCUUAUGUAAGAUACCUACCGGGUUGGGUUUGGACCGCAAAGUCGAUAACACUGAGGAUGUGCAACAGAAUUCUGACGACAAGAGUAAUAGUACAACUCCUCCUGUUCAGGCCUCUGUGUCUCCAGAGAUACAAUUUGGAUCCUCUGCCGUGUCGUCAGCCUCGCUGGCUUGUUAUGCUGCAGGCCAUGUUCUUUCGGGGGUCGCUGACAAGAGGAAGUGCAGACCUAGGGGAAUUCUCAAUGUAGGCGAGAAUGAUUCAGGCUUUGGGAAAGGGAAGGCUUUAUGCAGUUUUGAGGAAGUGGUGGAGGAUGACGAUGCCACUGGCAAAGGAAUGGUUGGAGAUCCUGAUGCUUCUAUGGUUCCCUUACCUACUGAAGCUUCAAUGCAUUGGAUUUUAUCACCAUGUAAUGAGGAAGAUGAGGAUCACAAGGAGCAUUCUGAAUCUAGUUUUCAGAAUCCUGCAGGGUCCCCCAAUAGUGGUCGUGAAUUCUCGUCAGAUGUAUGCUGCCAUAACAACUAUGAAAGCACUACUUGCCGUAGCAGGAGGAAUACUUCCAUUUCUCCUAGUGGAGUUCCUAAGUUUCAAGAAUUUAACAAUGAGCAUGUGCCUGUUUUGUCUUCUCCGCCUUCUACACCUGGUUGUGAGGCUCUACCCUUGAAAGAUGAAAGACAAUACAUUUAUGAGUUUGAUGCAGAGAAUUCUCCGUUUUCUCUGGCUUCACUGAGUAGUGGGAAUGUUAUUCUUACACCUCAAUCAGACUCUAGUGCAGAUAGACAUGCUGGCCUGUCCUGGUCUAAUACAGACAACCAUAGGAAACACUAUGAUUCUGAACUCAGUUCAGUGGCUGAAGCUAUUCGGAUGGCAAGCUUGUCUCCAAACCGUCAUGAACUGAUUGAGGAUCAGAUUGAUUCAAGUUUCCAAUUUGAUUGUCUAACUACAACUUGUAAUUCGAUCAGUCGAAUCCAGAAAAUGUUGGAUGAUCAGGCUCCCUGGCAUUCCAACUCCACUUUAGAGAAUGUGUCACAAUCCCAGCUGAGGAUAUCAUGGAGAGAAGGGUUAAUGAGCCGUAUGCAUGACAUGGAUGAAUAUGAUUGCUGCAGAUGUUUAUCAGACGAAGAGGAAGAUAUCAAUGGCUGCAGCAAUGACCUUCCCAAAACGUCCUGUCUAAGUCCUGAAAUCACCAACAAUGUUGAGGCAGAUCAGAUUUUAACUGAUACUUCCUGGUCUGCUGAUAUACUGGAUGAUGAACCAGGAGUUGCGGGAAAAGUUAAAGAAGACUUUCCUCCUCAAUCAUGUGCCGAGUCCAUAAGCACUGAUGGAGGCGGCCUGCUUGCUUCAGGGGAUUCAGACUGGAAUCUCUGCUACAAGAAUGAGCUGUUCCAUGUUUAACUAAUUCAUCUUCUCUUGUUUGAUUUCAAUUCAUAUUAGAGUAAGUCUGAUAAUCCUUGUCCAAAGUGGGUUUUCUGGUGGAAAUCGAUUAUUACCACUCAAGGACCAUUGUUGUAUCCUAGUUUUUUUCCACUUGUGUUCAGCAAGUUAAAUUUACCAUAGUUUAAUUUCAAACGUGUAUCAUGUUAAAUACCCAUUCAAUGAGAU